AUGAGUUCGUUCAAGACCAAUAAGAUAAUAUCCAAACCCAAUUUACAACCAGUCAACUCACCGACAACUUCCGAACAGUCUCCUGCAACCACAAUAGACCAACAUGCUCAAAUGGAUCGCAUCCCCACUCUGGAAUCAUUCUUACCUCCAAGUAAUUUGACCGAUAUUGAAUCAUUUGAUCAAAAUCACGACGUUUCACCUAAAUCACGCCGUACAGAAAGCUCAUCCAUAUACGAAGAUCCAGGAGAUAGUACUUACCAAUAUCUCCAGCAACAACUGCCACAACAACCACCUAGUGUCAUCUCAAAAAAUUCAAGUAGUGAAGCUAUCCCGGUGUCAAUUAAACUUUCACAAUUGCCUAACAAUUCUUCUUCUUCAUUAUUUAUUAACAAUAGAACAAGACAACCGAAUUCACCUUCAGUUAAUUCUCAAAGAGGGAAUAGCAAAUCACCAAGCAAAAGUUCACACUUUUCAUCGAAAGAUGAGCCAAUUAUAGAAAAUUUGAAACCUUCUCUCGAGUCAUCUUCCGCUUCGACACAUUCAUUAGAAUCUCCAAUUACACCCUUGGUUAGGAAAACUAAGUCAUCUUCACAGUCGAUACAACAACAACAGCAACAACAGAAAACACCUUCUUCGUCUAUGGUCUCACCAGGGUUUUUAAUUAUGCAACAAGAAUCAUCACACUCUCCACAUCAACCAUCACCAGCUUUGUCACAUCUGUCGGUGUCAACAUUUGGUCAUAAGAAACGUGAAUCCAUGUUGUCCACAUACUCAGGAGCUGUUGAAUAUGAUGCUGUGCCCAUGACAGUUAAACGAUCAAGUAGUUCCAAAAUUAAAUACGUUGGUAAUGCAUCACAGAUGAACGCUAAUAAUAAUUACAAUAAUAUGGUUUCAUCAAGAACUCAUCACCGGAAAAAGUCAUCUUUAUCAUCAACUACAUCAAAUAAAUACAGUGAUCAUAAUACAGUUUCCGAUACUAAACUGGUUGAAACUAGUCAAUUAUUAGCAGGUGAUUCUAGUAAUAGCAAUAAUUCCAAGCACAAUCGCAGUUAUUUUGAUGAUGACGAUGACGAAGAAGAAGACGAUAGUUCAAUAUUGAUGGGGAAAUUACCAACUAGAUCAAGUAAGGAAGAUGAGUUAAAGGCUCAACAACCUGAUAAAACUGUAACCACUAACAUUGAAGGAUCAAUCCCUGCUAGAUCACCAAGAAGACCAGCAUCUGUUAUGUCCCCCAAUUUUUCCAGUAUCGAUAUGAUUAAUAGCAGCUCCAUCAGUAAUAAUACUACUGGUUCAAAAGAUCAGAGUCGUCGUAAGAGUUAUGUUGAAGAUAAUAAAAGAAGAUCAAUACAAAUUAAUGAUGGGUUGGAAAAAUUAAUGUUGGAUGCUACCUCAUUUACCAGCCAAGAUGAGAAUGACGAAGGAAAACAAGAAGGAGAAGAAAAGGUGGAACAUGACAAUACUAAAUUUAUUAAAGAUGUGACUCCUAAUCAUUUAAAUAUUCAUCGCAAAAAUGGUACAGAUGAAUAUAAUGAAGAUGAUGAUAUUACACCUAAAUUUGAUCCAGCGUUGAUGACAGGGUUGCAUGAUGGAGUUGAUAUUGAUGAAUUAGAUAAUAAUGUUCCAAUAUCGUCAAGAAAUAGUUCUUAUGAACUGUGGUCACGACAUGAAUCAAAAAGAAAGUCACCAAUCAAGCCAUUAAAUUUACCACCACGUCCCACUAAAGAUAAUAUUACUAAAGCAAGAACAAUCUCCAAUAAUUUGCAACAACAGCACUUACGAGAACAAUAUGAAACACCAGAUGGAAAUCCGGAUAAUAUUAAUAUUAAUGAAGGAGAAGAAAUCAUGCCGUCAAAAAAUAAUUUAGUAGAUGAUGAAGAAUAUGAACAAAGGGGAACAACUAACAACCAUAUUGAUGAUAAUGAUGAUGAUGAUGAUGAUGGGUUUUAUGAUAUAACUGGAGAACCAGUUACUGUUCAACCACCAUUAGUAAGAGCAAGAUCAGUAAAGAAUUCCAUUAAACGUCCAGGUAGACAUACCAAAUCAUCUAAAGAUAAUCAAAUUUCUGGUGAUACCGAAAGGCAUCAUAAUAGCAAAAAACAUCGUGGUCGUGGUAGUGGUGGUGGUGGUAAUAAAAAACAUCAUUCUCAAAGAGGAAAAAAUGGUUUGAAACCAUUUAGUUAUACCACUUUAAUAUCAUUAUUAGAAAGUAUGAAUGGUACUAUAAUUGGUGAAGAAUUUAAUCAAUUGAAUAUCCCCAUUAAAGAAAAACAAUUGAUUGAAAAAAUUAUUGAUUCAUUAAGUCGAUUAACUUCAGAUAUGAUAUUAGAUCAACAACGUUAUGAAAUUGGUAUUGAUCGAUUAGAAAAAUGUUUAAGAGUAUUAGAAGGAUUUAUGUGA